AAGAAAUUCAAUGCUCAAUAUGAUCUCAUGGGAACGAAACAGGGGAAAUUUGAUUGCCACAAAUAUAUGGGCUUUUAAAGUGGGCCUUGUUAGAUUCUUAUCAGGUCCAUGUCACUCACUAUUCAACAUUUUACUGCUGAACUCAACUGUGGGAAGAGGAAACCCUAGAGAUUUGGUAACAGCAGAGAUCAAUGAAGACAAUACAGGAGCAGCUUCCAAAUGACUUGGUAGAGGAGAUACUCUGUCGCGUUCCGGCAACAUCUCUGAGACGUUUACGAUCGACUUGCAAAGCAUGGAACCGUUUAUUCAAAGGUGAUCGGAUAUUAGCAAGUAAGCAUUUUGAAAAAUCCGCAAAACAGUUUAGAUCUCUAUCGUUAAGGAAUGAUUACAGGAUUUUUCCGAUUAGCUUCAAUCUCCAUGGAAAUAGUCCAUCUCUAGAGCUUAAAAGUGAGCUAAUCGAUCCUCAUUCUAAGAAUUCAGCUGCUCCAUUCGAAAUAUCUCGAGUCAUUCACUGUGAGGGAUUGUUGUUGUGCUCCUCCCAAUUGGACGAAUCUAGAGUCGUGGUUUGGAAUCCUUUAACCGGUGAAACCAGGUGGAUCAGAACCGGCGAUUUUCGCCAAAAAGGCCGUAGCUUUGAUGUCGGGUACUACUACCAAAAAGACAAGAGAUCCUGGAUCAAGAGCUACAAACUCUUGUGCUAUUAUCGUGGUACCAAAUAUUUUGAAAUCUACGAUUUUGACUCUGAUUCAUGGAGGAUUCUUGAUGAUAUUAUCGCUCCACGGGGGAGUAUUGGAUACUCGGAACUUAGCGUGUCUCUGAAAGGAAAUACUUACUGGUUCGCUAAAGGUGUAACAGAAGAGCGGCCCCGCACCAUAUCAUUGCUCAAAUUUGAUUUUUAUACAGAGAAAUCUGUACCUGUGCUUCUUCCCUAUCAGAGUCGUCGUCUUUUCCAAGCUAGUAGCCUUUCUGUUGUUAGAGAAGAUAAACUUUCUGUGUUAUUGCAGCUAGAUCAAAGUUCCAAGACUGAGAUAUGGGUGACAAAUGUGAUUGAUGAGACCACCAAAGGAGCAGUUUCUUGGACCAAGGUCUUAGCAUUGGAUUUGAGCCCUCAUCUUCAGAUUGGGAAUGAUGGAAGUUUCUUCCUAGGCGAGGAUAAGAAAGUCGUCAUGUUCUGUGAGAAAUUGAUUGAUGAGAACAAGGUCAAAGACAUGGUCUACAUUGUUGGGGAGGAUAAUGUUGUCACAGAAGUGGGAUUUGGAGUAGAUGAAAUGGAUGGAUGUCGGGCAGUUAUUCUUAAUUAUGUUCCAAGUUUGGUUCAAAUCGAGCGAGCUGGAGGCAACAGGAAAAGAGGGCACUAAACACUGUCUACAUGUAAUCUCUUUUCUUUCUGUGCGUGUGUUUCUCUUAAUUUUAUCUUUGUCAUGUUCUUUCAGUAUCAAUCAAGCUUUUCUAAUUCAAUGAAAAAAGUGAUUCAGAAAACAUGUAAGAAGCUU